AUGACUUCUUUCGGAACGAUUUAUUCUUAUCCUAAUAACCCCCGGGUUAAGAAGAUCCAAGCCACUGGCAACCUCAGCGGCCUCGAGAUCACCUCCGCCCCGGACUUCCAAAUGGGCGUGACAAACCGCAGCGCCGACUUCCUCGCCAAAUUCCCCAUGGGCAAAGCGCCCGCGUUCGAAGCCGCCGACGGCACCCUGAUCUUCGAGUCCGACGCCAUCGCGCAAUACGUCGCCGAGAGCGGCCCCGCCAAGGACCAGCUGCUGGGCGUGUCGGCGGCGGAGCGCGCGCACAUCCGGCAGUGGAUUUGCUUCGCGGAGGGCGAUGGCAUGGGCGCCGUGGUGCCGUUUGCGCUGUGGCAGAUGAAGAUAGCGCAGUAUACUGCGGAGGAGUUGGAGGGCCAUUUGGCCAAGCUGGAGAGGGCGGUGGGUGCGGUUGAGGCGUAUUUGAAGGCCGGCAAUAGGAAGUGGUUGGCGACGGAGGAGAAGUUGAGCUUGGCGGAUAUUAGUCUCGCGGCGCCGCUGAGUUGGGCGUUUGGGAUGGUUUUGGAUGCGGAGUUGAGGGCCAAGUAUCCGGCUGUGGUGGCGUGGUAUGAGAGGACGAUUGAGAGUGAGGGCGUGAAGCAGGCGUUUGGGGAGAAGAAGCUUAUUGAGAAGAGGCCUGCUUUCCAGUGA